ACUCAACCUUCUUCCGUGCGGAUGAGGGUCUGCCUGUCAUCGUCACCGACCGAACCUCAACCAUUGUCCCUCUGUCUUGUAAUGUCUGUACAGUACAAUUCCCUUCCGCAUUUGCUGCCUGCUCUCUCUUCCCUGCCCUCCCCUCCCGUUCUCCGAUUUGGAUUUGGCCGUUUGUCGCACACCGAGUAUCAGCGGAGUUUCAGCUUGCGAGGCGGUAGCACGAGUAGAGUUUGCGACGGGACUCUGAAUUUUAACCACAGUUAGAAGACGGGAGUGUUGGUGUCACUCGAUUGGGAGGCGAGGAGUGAGGGCGAAUUGCAGUUGUACAAGUAGAGGGAGGACCGGAAAUGUGAAUUGUGUUCAGGGUUGACGAUGGAACGCGGCCACACGGCAAGGAUUUCGGUCGAUGGGUGCAAUUCGCAGGCGGGAACAGAGGAUUGGAGAGAGGCUGAAAUCGGGAUGCGUUCAUGACUCCGGUGGGGUUGGAGUGUGGAGAGGGGAAUUGCACAUUUUUCCAGAUUUCGCAGCUACUUUUCUCCGAGGAAAGGGUUUACAAGGCCGUUCGAAUCGGCUGGACAGAUUUUGGAUGCAGAAGAAGAGCUCGAACGACAGGCGCAACCCUCCGCAUGAGUCGUGGGACAGAUUGUAGGAAAGCGCUCCGUAGACGGUGCCUGCUGCCAGAACAAAGCCAAGGUUUAUGUUGUUAGAAGAGGAGGUAGAAGAUGGGGAACAAAUUAGCUCGCACCGCUCAGUUGGACCCCAACGAGUUUUACUUGAGCGACUUGCCGUCAACAUACAACUUGGUGUUAAUGGAGGUUUUGGGGGGAGAGCGCUUAUUCAAAUCUGUACAAUGCCGUCACGACGAAGGGGUGCUUGUCGUCAAAAUUUAUUUCAAACGUGGGGAAGUUGGAGGAGAAUUCAAGGAACACGCUGCCAAGUUGGAGUACAUCAAGACGCGACUCAAAGAUGUAAAAGACUCACAUCUCUGGCCGUUUCAGAGCUGGAUUGAGACGGACAAAGCUGCUUAUCUGCUUAGGCAGUACUUUUUCAGCAAUCUUCACGAUCGUAUCAGUACACGACCUUUUCUUUCUCUUAUGGAGAAAAGGUGGAUUGCAUUUCAGCUGCUGGUUGCUAUGAGGCAAUGCCAUGAGCUUGGUAUAUGCCAUGGCGACUUGAAAUGCGAGAACGUGCUUGUUACGUCCUGGAACUGGGUGUAUCUUGCGGACUUUGCAUCGUUCAAGCCCACCUAUCUUCCUUAUGAUAAUCCCAUAGACUUUUCAUUUUUUUUCGACACCGGUGGAUGGCGUAGGUGUUACCUUGCUCCUGAGAGGUUUUACGACCCUAAAGGCCCCCCUGUUAACCCGGACUCACCACUGAAGCCAGCCAUGGACAUAUUUUCGUUAGGUUGUGUUAUAGCUGAACUCUUCCUUGAGGGGCAAACUGUUUUCGAUUUAUCUCAACUGCUGGCAUAUCGGAAAGGACAGUUUGAUAUCAAACCGUCUCUGGAUAAGAUUCCAGACGAGAAAAUAAGAGCCAUGGUUGAACAUAUGUUACAACUGAGUCCAGACGCCAGAGCAACAUCAACAGAAUAUUUGAAAACAUGGGCUCCUGAAGUGUUUCCCUCCUACUUCUUCCCUAAUCUUCACCAAUUUUUUUCGGUCCUGAUAAAUUUGGACCCGGAUACUAGAGUUGCAGUCACCGAGAAGUUUUUCCCUCAGUUCCGCACUCGUAUGAUAGAAGAAGAAAUGAAGUAUAGAAACGACGCAAAAUGUUCAGUUCAAGACCAGGAUGUAUCGCAAGACGUUGAGAGCGAUGUUGCUGAUAAAGAUCAAUCAAAACUGGACGAAGAAUCGGUGGUUGGCCAUGGUAGAAAAGUGAAAAGGAUUUCUUCAACGAAAUUCAUUGCUGAUGGAGUUCUGCAUCGUAUCAAACCAGCAGUUAUUGCUAUGUCUCAGAAAGAAAAUCCAGCGAUGGAACUUGAUGAAGAGACUUUAAACAGCAAGUGGGAAUCGGACCAAGUACUUUCAGGGGUCUUUUCGAGUGAAGAAAUAGAAGAAGCAGAGAUUCCUAGCACGCCAAGCCGACAGAAAACAGCCUUAACUUCUCUCAAAGGUGCAGCGAAGGGAGAGGCCCCCGUCCGGCAAGAAGUCAAGUGCGAAGGAAUGGUGCUGAUGGCUUCACUGCUGUGUGCUUGCUUAAGAAAUGUUAAAAAAGACCAGUCUCGCAGACUAUGCAUUCAAAUGCUUCAUGAUGCUUCUCGCUUCUGUGAUGAUGAUACUCGGCUGCAGCACAUUUUACCGUACGUCGUGUCACUCCUAUCAGAUGCCCCUGCCUUGGUGCGAUGUGCAGCGUUGCAAACCAUGUGCUACGUGCUCUCGUUGAUCAAGAACUUCCCAUCGAGCGACGCAAAGAUUUUUCCGGAAUGGAUUUUUCCACUGCUGUCAAAGCUAACGGAGGAUGCAGAGGAAAGCAUUAGGAUUGCUUAUGCAAACAACAUACACAAAAUCGCGAAAGCGUCCUAUCGCUUUCUUGUGAAGUCACAACAGAUGGCCGAGGCUGGGGAGGUUCUCGAUAGCCCUCGGCGGCCUCAGAUUGGAGCAGGUCUAAGUGUUAAGCGUUCUGAUACAGAGCUUUCUGAACUAAGAGGGAUAGUGGAGAAGAUCAUUGAGAAGCUAGUCAUCGGACAGAAGCAGACUCCAACCAUACGCAGAGCGUUGCUGAAGCACAUUGGAUCCUUGUGCCAGUUUUUUGGUCCAAAACAGACCAAUGAUGUUCUUAUGCCUUUUUUGCCUGCUUUUCUGAAUGACCGCGAUGAGCAGUUGCGUGCAGUUUUCUUUGAGUACAUUGUACACGUAUGCCUUUUCGUCGGUCAAGCAAGUGUUGAGAGACUCCUGCUUCCUCUCCUCGAGCAGGCCCUCAAUGAUGUGGAAGAAACCGUAAUUGUAAAUGCUUUGGAAUGUUUAGCAGCUUUGUGUAAGCACAAGCUUCUUAGAAAGAGGAUUCUUCUUGUUGUGGUGGAACGUGCCUGUUUCCUUCUUUGCCAUCCUAGCCAGUGGGUAAGAAGAGCAGCCGUUACCUUCGUCGCUGCAUCCAGUGCCAGUCUUGACGUGGUUGACUCCCAUGCCUUCCUGACUCCAAUUCUCUUCCCUCUUUUGCGUCGAGAGCCAGCUUCUCUGCGAUCGGAAAGUUCAAUUUUGUUAUGCCUCAAGCCACCUGUAUCAAGGGAGGUUCUGAAACGCGCUGUAAGUAACGCGUUGCAAUCAGGACCGGUCGCAGAACCAGGGAAGACGAAAGCAAAAGUGCGCCAAAGGCUAGCGUCGAUUCAGCCACCACCGGAUUUACAAUCUUCUCAACCUCGCAACAACUUCACAGAAAGGCGGAAGGUAGAGAGAGAUUCUAGCAGUGCAGGAGAAGCGGCUGAAGGUCGACCGAAGAGUUCUUCUGGGAGGAAAACAGCAGCUACACCUGCUUCGCCCAGAGCCAAUGACGUUGACAACGAAGAUGGAGAGAAGAUGAAGGCAAUGGAAGGAUACUUGCGCAAUCUGUCAAGCACCAUGAAAUCUCGAUUGAGCCAUGAGGCAGAGCACACUGAGAAGCUAGAGAAUUCUGCAGUUGGACUUCCGCCAGGUGUGGGAGCCGGUUAUUACUCCCACUAUGAUGGCACUUUAGAGGGAAUCCCUUUGUACUCUUUACCAGUAGUACAGAAGAAGGCCGAAGACAAUGUCAGUAACCAAGCCAACGUUGCUUCGUCUUACAACGAAGACUGGAACAGAGUCGGUGGACGCCAAAGUGGGGCUCCUUUUUUAAUGGCUCCUGUUGGUAACUCCAUCGGUCCAGCUUCUUCACAGUGGGCCACAAUCGGAGCACAUUCAGCUAUGCCUCCAGGAGAGCCCAUGCAGAGGUCGAUGGCUGCGGUUUCUGUCGCACCAAGAUUUAUGGCUGGAUCCUUCUAUCACGGGGGCUCUGCAACGGGUCCACGAAGAGCCCAUGAAGUCUUCAAAGACGGGAAAUUCACGGAUCCUGCUCUCUCGAACCAAGGAGCAGUGAAUAGCAGAUCAAGCAUGGCAAGUUCAGCCCAAGUUGGUAUGGAGGCUUCUCCGGGCUUGGAACCAGUUAUUGAAAUUUAUCCUACAGUGGAUUCUGUCACGGCCAUGUUGGGAUCUAUCCACUUAGGUGAAUCUGCUAUGGAGGGCAACUGGAAGCCGAAGGGUGUCCUGAUAGCAAACUUACAGGAGCAUCAGCGCGCCGUAAACGAGAUUGCAGUGGCCCAUGACAGUACUUUUUUUGUGAGCGGAUCAGAUGACGGGACCGUCAAAGUCUGGGACUGCCGUCGCCUGGAGCGUGAUAUCUCAUUCCGCUCACGCCUGACCUACUCCUUCGGUUCAAAAGUCUCUGUGCUUUGCGUGUCGAUGCUUACGUCUCGGCAUGAAGUAGUCGCAGCUUCCAGCACUGGGAAGAUUCACUCUCUGAACGUGGAUUAUGUGGCGAAGUUGAGUGGUAGUAAUGAACGUUACACCGGCUUCACAGAGAUCUGCAAGCUGGAGAGUGACGAGGGUGCAGUUCUUUCUCUUCACACUUUGACGUCGAAGGGGCCGUCACAUGUGCUGUACAGUACACAGCGGAAUGGAAUUCAUCUUUGCGAUUUACGAGCUCAAUCCGAAGCUUGGGUUCUCAAAGGAAAGCCAGUAGAGGGCUAUAUAACGUCCACAGCCCUGGAUCCUAACGGUAACUGGAUAGUUUCCGGGACAUCCAGGGGCAUUUUGACUCUGUGGGACUUGCGGUUUCAGUUACCUGUCAAUACUUGGCAACAUCCGUUGAGUUGUCGUGUCGAGAGUAUGUGCCCUCUCCUUCCUACAGCUCAUCCAGAUAAGCAACCGUCCUUAGCUCGACCUUUCAUAUAUGUGGCUGCGGGCCAAGAUGAAAUUGCCUUAUGGAACGCGGAAGAUGGAAGCUGCCAUCAGGUUAUGAGAUUGGGACAAGAUCCGGAUAUCGAACCACCUCCACCUGCAAUCCCAGCUGCGCUUUCGCCACGGCUUUCCAAUUCAAGGCCUGGAAGUAGCACAUCCGGGACCGGUUCUCAGAUGAACAAUCUGAAGUUGAACAACUACAGAAUGGAUGAGCUUAAUGAUCCGCCUCAAAGGCUACGUGGCGUGCGAGCUUUGUUCCCUUUAGCUGGAGGGACAGGCUUAUUGUCUGCAGGCUCAGACUGUCGAAUCAGAAUGUGGGAUCGCUUGAGGCCGGAACGAAGUUACACUGUUUGCGGACCAACGACAAAAGCUUAUUGUCCGGAACAAGUUGUGUACGAAACGAGGUCACUCUCUAAUGUUCGCAUUAUUCAGGAGUCUAUCGUUCCUAGAGUGGACAAUAGCAAGAGUCAAAAUCAGGGGAACAAAUCUCCUCCAAGAACUGGCCUAGCUGCUGCUGCCCUUGAUGUUGUUGGAUGUCACCGAGAUUGUAUCAGUUCGUUAGCUUUCGCACAAGCGAAUCAAAGGUUCCUGAUCUCAAGCAGCCGAGAUGGAUCUAUCAAAGUCUGGAAGUAGCUACAUGAAAUUCUGUCCGCCUCUUUGUAGGCUGCGCAGAAUGCGACAUUAUCUGUUCACUGCUCUGUGAGUGCAAUUUUCAUCACAGGAUUUCCAGACUUUCUCCAGACUCUGGAGCAUUUUUUUCACUCUCCAUAGUUAUAUCAAGAUACAAGCUGAUCCACAUUCAGUGCUUUUCCUCCAAUUGCUUGUGAAUACACUGGUGGAAGGCAGGUGAGAGGUUAUCAGUCAAUGUAAAAUCUAGGGUAGAUGUAAGAAAUACGCAAAACUCAUUGUUUUAAUAUCUGGGGGUCAUAGAAGCAGGCAGCUUUAUCUGUAUAUAUCUCCCAUUGUAUAGGUAUUUCAUCAAGUUUGCUUGUGAAGAUCUGUUAGUCUUUUGGUGCAAACAUCCUCAGAUCUGAGCUGCUUGUAGUGGCUUUGCUACCUGUCAAGGGGUUCUGCUGAGCUUGUGACACUGAUUGAGGCAUUUGUGCAAUGCAGCUUCUGUACAGAAGCUACGCUCUGCCUUGUGUAAAAGAUAUGACUUCUUCGGAUGAUUUGUAGUUUUCAGUCGACAUAUCUGGUCGAGAAAUCAUUUGGCAUUUGUUUGAUUUCAUCAUUACAGAUCGGAGGAUGUGAGCUGAAUAGUGUGGGCGAGGUUUAUGACGAGUCAUUACACGGGGACCAAAAUUGCAAUCAAGAGAAACAUCAGUAUGAGCCAGUUGUGGAUGGAACAUGUCGUUGGAUUUGAAUGCUCUACAUGAUUCAGGUAGUUGAGAAUGAAGUGAAGGGGCCGCCGUGGAUCGUUGGGUCUUUAGUUUUCCAAAACACUUAUUCGUCAUGGCUUCCCAUGCAGCUUUAUAUUUGGAGAGCAGUUGUAGCACUCGAAGAUCUUUUAGAGUCAUCCUACUCAGCUUGGCUGAUAGGUGAAUUGUUUACAUGGGGAGAUCUUAUCUCAGAACCUGAUCUGAUCCACGAGAAGUGCAUGCUGAUCAGAACGGAAAGGUCAACUGAUCGUCCUUCGCUUUUAGCUCAUAUUGGCGGGUGAAAAUAGAGAUGAUUAUGUGAAGGUUUGAUCCUUCAUGUACUUUUUAAUUAUAACUUGCACCAAG